AUGUGUAUUACUCCGGAUGGUGCGCAAUUUUUAAUUGGUGGUUGGCAGAAUUUGCGUAUAUAUGAUCUCAACUGUCUUACAAAUUCAGGAUUGCAUAAUUCAGCAACUUUACAUCUGUUGGAUUUCAAAGUGAUGGUGUUUGGUUGUAUACUGGUGGUGAAGAUUGCAUGGCAAAGAUUUGGGACAUGCGUAUCAAUCAACUUAAUUGUCAGCGUAAAUACACCAGUUCACUCAAUUGCUCUUCAUCCAAAUCAAAUUGAAUUGUUAAUUUCUGACGCAACUGGAGCUGUUUAUAUUUGGGAUUUGCGAUCUGAUCGAGAUGAUACAUUGUCUACUGAAGUUGAUGUUUCCGAAUAUAUAGUGCACAUUGAUAUAGAUAGACUCGGUCGGCAAUGCGCAGCCGUAACGAAUAGAGGAAAUCUUUUCUUUUGGGAGAUUAACCAUAAAGGCGGCGGUUUGGCUAAAACAAUUCCACAUCUUGAUGCCACUGCCGACAAUGGAUCAACGCAGAAGCUUCAAAGGCAAACGACUCCACAAGAAUUAAAGGAAGAUGAGUCGACAACGGAAUUCUACUCAAGUUCAAUGAUUGACACAGGCCUUCCUCCUAUUGCACCACCACCUCUAUCUGAAAUGGGUGGAGAUGGUAGCGCUUUCUAUGUGCCUGCUCCUCGACGAAAGCAAAGAUAUGGUGCAAAAGAAGUACCACCAUCUGAACUAGGCGAAGAAAAUGAAGAAUUGAAGCAAAUUGAACAAGAAAUGUUGAAAAAUCCAUCUAUGACUGUUACACCGCCACAUCGUUCAUCUCUACCAGUAGAUUUAAUAAGCAAUGCUAAGUAUCGAAUGAAAUUGCGUGCUCACAAAUCAUUUGCAUUGAAGUGUAGAUACCGGCCUGACAGCUUGGCAAUAGCAACAUGUUCAGCUGAUCAGACAACUAAAUUAUGGAGUGUUAGUGAUCAUAAUUUGUUAAGCACAUAUGCAGCUCCAAAUAGUAAAUGGGUCUGGGAUUGCGCUUUUACUAAUGAUUCAGCUUACAUGCUGACAGCUUCAUCUGAUGGAAUCAUUCGUAUGUGGGAAUUGGCGUCAAGUUCAGUUGUUCAAAUGUAUCAGGGUCAUUCAUUGGGUAUUACUUGUAUGGCUUUUAAAGAUUUUAGUUGA